GCCUUACAUUUGAAGGUCUCUCCUUCUAGUCCUCUAUAGUACUGUUACAUUAGAGAAAGAGGAAGAGAAAGCUUAGCAAUGGCAGAAGUGCAUCCAAAAAUACAUCCCGUCGUGGAUCCCGAAGCGCCGCCGACGGUGCCAUUAGUACCAGAGGGUUCAACUGUAUCAGAAAAAGGUGAUCCCGCCGUCCAGCAAUACCCACCGCCGCCGGUAGUGGUGGUGCAAUCAAAGAAGAGGAGGAGGAGUUGUUGCAGGUGUUUGUGUUGGACAAUUAGUAUUCUUAUACUUUUGGUGAUUAUCAUUGCAGCUGUGGUUGGUAUACUCUAUCUAGUCUUCCAACCAAAGGUUCCAUCUUACACUAUAGAUCGUUUAACCAUUAGUAAGUUCUCUAUAAACAAUGAUUUGAGUGUCUCUGCUAAGUUCAUCAUCAGGCUUAAGGCUUAUAAUCCCAACAAGAAAAUUGGAAUUUAUUAUGAAGAUGGGAGCAAUCUUACUGCUUGGUACACAACCACAAAGCUAUGUCAAGGGUCUUUGCCAGUAUUCUAUCAGGGUCACCAGAAUACAACUAUACUUGAUUUGGAAUUAAAUGGUCAGAUUCAAGAUGGAACUACUAUUUUGCAGGAAUUAAAUCAGCAACAACAGACAGGUAGCAUUCCAUUGGUUCUUGAUGCUAAAGUGCCAGUUAGGAUUAAGCUUGGAUCAUUGAAGCUGAUGAAGAUGAAGCCUCGUGUAAGAUGCAAUGUGGUGGUCAAUAGCUUGAGUGAGAAUUAUUCGAUUAGUAUUAAAAGUAGUAGCUGUAAAUUGAAAUUUAAGUUUUAAAUUUUUAGGGUGAAGUUUUCCUUCACCGCGCGAUGGAAGGGAACGAGACCCUUUCCCCUUGAGUGGCUCAGAUGGGACCCGUGAAUGGAUUUCCGUUCACCAUGGCCUUAGGAAAACUCGAUUCAUAUACUUUUAUUUCUUCUUGUAUUCAUUUUUUCCCCCUAUUUGUUCUGUCAUGGCAUUUUAGAUUCGAGGGAAUUUUUAUUUUCCCCAAGGAAGAGGAGGUUAGGCAUGCUUCCCUUUCAUUUACUAUAUACUCUUUGAAUUCAUU